GGCAGUUUGGGUUUUCGUGGAUAUAACAUGCGUACCGGUAUUCAUCCAGUACAUACUUCAUACAGAGUUCUGAGUUCCGUCAGAGAUCGAACUUAAUCUUGUGUAUGGGCUCGAGUCUCAACACCGACCAUUCCACAGUAUUUUGUUACGCCUUCUUGCGAAAUACCUGGAUCUCUUUCCCUUUCCCUUUCCCUUCCUCCUGCAUCUUCUCUCGUCGCUCAUCUGUCGCCAAUAUUACACGCGAGACAGACCAUCCAUCUCCUCCCCAAAAGGUGCUGAGACCUAUUUACACAAUCUACAUAUUACAUCGCACGCUCAACAUCAAUCCUUCUUCAAGCCAAGUCAAGUUGGCCGUUUUGCCCGUGGUUCGCACAUCUACACACUUUCUCCCUGAGUCGCCAUCAUUGUACUCGUACACUAAGAGAUUCCUUGACCCUGUCCUCCUGUGCAGCACCCAGUCCAGUACAAAGGGAACCCACAAUCCGCCUUCCACCAUCCACCAUCCACAAUCCGCAAUCCACACUUGGCGACCAUACGCCUUCCCGACUGUGCACCUCAUUAUCAUUCUUAUUAUUAAAGAAGAGACUACGAAUUCCCCAGUCCAUUGAAACCGUCUCCGUAAACCUUUUUCCACGCACCACUUCGACUUCACAAGGGGUUGGUCCGUCUUUUUCUCCUUCACAAUCAGCACAAGGCUCAAAAGAUCUCCUUCUCCUUCGCCUUCUCCUUCUCCUCCUUCUUCUCUACUCCGUACAAUCAGCACAAGGACCCUUCUUCCUGCAAAUCACCAAACCACUUUUUCUUUCUAUCCUGGAAGGAGGGGAGUCGUAUGUGAGGACUCGUACUUGACACACACAUACUGGAUGCCGGAUGAUAGCUAGACUUUCCUCAACCCAAUUAUAUACGGGACCACAUUUUCAGUGCUCACUCGUAUCCUUCCCUCAAUCAACAUCAUCAAGCACAAUUAUAUACUUUAUUGGCAGCACGGAAAUAUAUGAACCUCAUCACAAUUCAUUGAAGAUUCCCAAAUCGUCUCCUUUUCUUAUAGUGAUUGCCUCUUGAUCAUUUUACAUACACAGGACAGAGGAAAGCAAAACAAAAUCCACCCUCCGGAUUCUAACAAAACCCUUUUUAUCCUUAAUUUUUUAUACUUUCUGCUCACACGCCGCUUUCCAUUGAAAGAGGAAGACGAGUCGGUACAUGUUACGGUACAUAUCUACAUACAUACUUUACUCACACAAAUAAACUCAAAAUCCCACCAACCCACCGCAACCACCUUAACCACCGAGUCUCUAGUGCUAUACGCGAGGACCCGACCACCGAUCACCGCUCCCCGAAAAACCAUAAUCCAUCAAUUCUCCCUUGCAGAACAAGAACACAACUUUGCCUUUAUCUGCACUCUUCCAGAAAAUCUCUUAAAUCUUCACAACAUACACAGCUUCAAUUCAAUCUGCGACUCAAGUUAACUCUGACGGGAGACGACAUACAAUAUAUAGCAUCCGAUAUUCAAGAUUCACUACUCAAGAUUCGACAUCUCCCCAACCACCUUGAACCACCUACCCUACCUAGGUUUCCUAUCAUAUCACUCCAGUACUCCGAACUGUCUCUCUUCAAUUGCGACUCGCGACUCGCGAAUCUUGCCCGCUUUCUAUCUUCAGUCCUAAAUUAAGAAAAAUCCCCGCCGCCACUCAAAACAGAAUAGACGAUAAGUAAUCAGCGCGAGCAAUUGUGUCGAUCAAAUCGAUUAGGAUGGAUUCACGUCCGCCAUCAACUAGAAUGCCUACUGGGCUGGCUGAAGUUUUAAAUGAAGUCGGCCCUGACGAGCGUAUGAGAGACUCUGCUUAUUACUCAAAUCUAGAUUCGUCAUCGAAGCAUAACUCGCAACAACUAUCGAACGGCGAAGUCAUCAUGGCACCCUCGCCAACUGGUUACAAUUCUUCCAGUGCUGAUAUAAGUCCCUCGCCUGCAGCAAAUCACAUUGCCAAUCAACAGCUUACCUCUCCAACUUCCAACGGCAUGAGCGUCGCAUCCAUGGUCUCUCCGUCUUACGAACACUCUAUGGCGAAUUCAUUACUGUCCAUGGGCCAGGGAAACAGACAAUCAUAUGGAUCGGGCCUGGGAGCUUUUUCAAUGAAUGGAGAUUCCCGUCGGGAGAGUGUUGAUUCAAGGUUGGGGUUUCAAGAGUUGCGACUCAACUCCCCAUACGCCAGCAAUAACCAAUCAACCACUUCUAUCCAAAGCACUUUACAGCAGCAGCGCAACCCUGGGAAUGCCGCCGAUCGCUUGUCAAACCCUCGAUUCUCGAACAGCUAUCAACCUCAACGUCUCCCAGAGCCAACAUCCCCCCGAAGUACAGUCCCAAAGACUGCCCCCAAGAUUACCGGACCUGCCAUGUCCAGUAUCGCUCGAGCUGCUGAGCCAACUAGGGGAGAAGCUUGGGCGUUUCCUGAAGAGCCAAUCAGAGUAUCAAACUCGCACGAUCGCCAUGCCGAGGACAGCCAGAGCAUAAGCAGAGUUGGUACCUCGUUCUUGAAUCUUGACUCGAGACGUAGUAGUAUGGCAGACUCGGUCGCAAGCAGCCAAUAUACCACUGAGUCUCGUCUGCCAGCUGGGCAGAGAAGGCUAGAAGAUGGAGUGUCGGCCGAUUUCAGAUCAUCGCGAGCAUCAUCCGAGUUUCAAAAUGUAUCACAUCAUCACCAUUCUCUACAAAAUCGCCAAGUAUCCGAUUUACAAGCUGAAGAUGCCGAUUCUCCAAACAAUGGGCAACCCUACAGCCGCACACCCGAACUUCGUGUGAGCCAUAAACUCGCGGAAAGAAAGCGUCGAACUGAAAUGAAGGAACUGUUUGAAACCUUGAGGGAUUUGAUGCCUCAAGAGCGCGGUAAUAAAGCUAGCAAGUGGGAGAUAUUGACAAAAGCUAUCGCCGAACACCAUUCACAGACGAAGGAAAUUCAAGAUUUAAAAUCGAGGCUCCACAACUCACAACUAGAGAAUGAGAGUCUUCGCCGCGAGAACAAUGUCAUCCGCUUGGAGAACUCACAGCUUCGCAGCGAAGUAAAUCAAGGCGGUUCAAACAAUCACCAAUCUGUGAUGAACGGCUUCACUCCAAUACCACAGAACGGCGGCCAACACGUCAAUAUGAAUGCAUACCAACAAGAGAAUUAUGCUCCAAGAGGCUCAUACCAGCGCGAGGAACAAUUACCACCACUUCGUGGAAUAUCACAACCCGACUCCAUGACCGGAGUUCAAUAUCAAUCGGAUUUAAAUCGUAAUGGUUAUCGUGAUCCUCGAUUCUAGAUCGAGUUUGAUUUAUUUGGACGAUCUACGAUUUGCGUCCUCGAUAACAUUUGCGACAAACUUUUUCAAUCGAAUGGCGUUUGACCUUCAUCACAAUUUACCUGCAACUAUUUCUUCCACGAGAGUCUAGCGUCUGAAAUAUUCACCUUUCUACGGCCACAAAGAUCUCUUUUUUAGCGAUAUUAUACCCAAAAGUGUUACAAAAACUCGAUUGAGACCGAACUUCGCUCUCUGUUACUUAAUAGCUUUUCUCGAGCAUACCUGUUCUUCCCUGCUUCUCAUCUAUCUAUCCACGAGGCACGUGUUCUAUUAGAAAACCGGUUGGCGUUUUACGUUUUACUUCAUAGUAUCUAUAUUUCCUCUUCUUCUUGGACUCGUCAAUUAUUUGGCGCGUUUCCAUAUCUUAUUACAUUGAACAAAUAAAGUGGCCAAUAUGGCACUUUUCUCUCUUAUACAAAAAGUGGAGCGUACAUUUCUCGUGCGUUGAGGAGUUAACAGGGGGUCUUUUGCAUUUCUGGUAUGGAGUGGAUAGGAGACUGCAAUAUCCGGGUGAAAAAAUCAUACUCGGAUUUUAUGGGUGGGUGAUGGUAUGGAAUAUGGGAGAUACUGAUUCUACGAAAGAGUGGAAGAAGGCGUUACUUGAUUAUACCCGCUCUCAUCUUGGGGUUUCUAUUACUAUCUCGCCUUUUUUUGGAAACCAUUUCGAAUUUCAAUGUCCGAUCAUCUUUGAUCGAAUUAAUUGGGAAUGGGAAACUGGAAAGUUGGAUAGGCAGAAAUUUUGCAUGACAGGAUGAGAUAGCACAAAUUAUUUGGGCGCUGCGAUUUUUGGACUUUUGGGCCUACUACAUUACUUGGAUUUUGGGACGUACGAAAAGGGGCUAGGGCUGGGGAUGUAUGGAUGGAUGGGAAGAUAAAUGGUUGGUUGGGGAUGAACUGUUAAGAUAAUGAAUGCCGCCAGUCAAGACAGGAAUAGAAUGGAUGACAUUUGUCCGAACGAAUUCAGUCACUGUCGUUUGACUGUUGCUAUUGAAUAUCUGAUUUGCGAAGUACGACGUGUGAAGUUAGGUCCUCCCAUAGUGUGAAUGUUCUAUUACGUAUUGUUCUUUUCCACCCAAGGGGGCGGGGAGUUGAUGAUUUAAUUGAGGAGCUGACUAUUUCAGAGGCUUCUCCCAUCUGAAAUGUCGGAAGCCUCACCGGAAACUUCUAUAUAGAUCCCACAGCAUAACUCGAGUGAGCAUCAUGCGAGUGUUAGGAGGAGGGGAAACGAGAAAGAUUGAGAUGCGUGGUUACGAUAUUGAAUCGAUUGCAUGAAUAGAGGGAGUGGUUAUGUCUGGUAAAGGGAAAGGUAGGUGGGGUAAAGUAAUUGAAUUGAGAUGGUAAUAGA